GAUGAGGUAGGAGGAGUUGGCUGGUGGGGUAGCAGAUAGGUAGCAGCUAGCUAGUGUGGUGUUGUUGGUGUUGGAUAGGGACGUAAGCUAGAGGAGGAGAAGUGGUUAGAGUGGUGGCGAAGGUGGACGUAGAGGAGGAUGAGGGUGAGGAUGAAGAGGGUCGCGUUCGGUCGCGGCAACCAGCCAGUACGGAAAAUACUGUAGAUUCGUGAAGAGCUAAGGAGCUCGUAUAACGGUGGUGAGGUGAUAUGAGUAGCAUGGACCCUAUGUGGUGGUUGCGUGGCCUGUAAUAUAUUUUCGUAGAGAGUAUCGCGGAACUGAAACGGACGCGGGUGAGAAUCGACCUGCCAGGAAAGAAAAGGGAAUCGAUUGCACGUGCCAAAGUGUCGUGGAGAUAUGGACUGAAAUAUAGUGUAUUAAAAUGCAAGAUUUCUAUGUGACUUUUUGGAAGGAGCGAAAGGGCUCGUUAAGGGUUGUGCAAGAAUCGCGCCUCCAGGGCGAUUCAGGAUGCUGUUUUUAUGGGGAAUGUAAGGGAGUUUGCUAAGCCGGUAGCUGGUUAAGAAAAAAUUCUGUUAUUUUUUUCUAAGACACCAAAUGUCCUUGGAGAUGGCUCUUUUACAAAGUGUUGGGAUAUCCAGGAUUGGAAUAAGGGAUGACCUUAAUAAUGAAACGUUGAUGUACUCUAGGAGUAAGGAUUGUGACGAACACACUUCCACUUCAUCCAAUACAUCCUCGCAUACUCUUAAUAAUGCAUCUGGUGGUUUAGAAGAUGAUACCUGUCAGGUUGAUCGACUUAGCCCUAGUAAGACACCGCAUAAAAACAACUUGGGAAGUCCUUCUUUUUCUGACGCUUCACACAGUAGUUCACUUCCUUUUUCCAGUCCGUCUGGAAAAUCACUAGAGAUCAAAGCAACUUUGUUGCAGAUUGAUUCUAGUAAGGUUGAUAGUGACACUACGAAAAGAACACCACUAAAGGGCCAACAUAGGAUUAUAAGAGCUGCUAUUCCAUCGGAGAACUCCUGCUCCUCACAUCCUGGUGUACAAUCGGAUAGACUUGUUCCUGUGAGCUCAUCCUCUGUUUCCAAUAAUUAUUCCCUAUCCCAAACUACUUUAUAUGCCUCUGUGCCUCUGUCUGCCUUUGGAUCAGUAAGAACUGUAGACAAUGUGGUGUCUGCAUCAUCUAGUGUUGCAACAACAAAUACAUCUGGAAAUGGAAAUCUGGGAACACCAUCAUCUCAAACUACCUUGCCACCUCGAACUCCUAGCAUAACUACAGCAGCUGGACCAUCCACAUCUUCCUGGACUAAUUCCAAUGAGCAGGAAUCUGAUUAUGUUUCUGAUCCUGUUCAAGGCAACACAUAUUACAAAGGACAAUUUCUGGGAAAGGGUGGCUUUGCCAGGGUGUACAUGAUGACUGAUAUCGCCAAUGGGACUCAGUAUGCCUGCAAAAUCAUUCCGAAAAAUCGUAUGCAGAAAGUCCAUAUGCAAAAGAUAGCACGAGAGAUCAUGAUUCACAAGGAACUGAACCACGUGAACGUUGUUCAGAUGCAUCACUACUUCGAGGACAAUCUAAAUGCCUACAUGCUCCUGGAGGCUUGCCCACGAAAGAGUCUGAUGCACGUACUGAAGUAUCGAGGUAAAGUGACUGAGCCUGAAGCGCGUUAUUACAUGAAGCAAAUGGUGACUGGGGUGGCUUACAUACACUCUCAGAAAGUGGUUCACCGAGAUCUCAAGCCGGGAAAUAUGUUCCUUUCCGAACAUAUGAUAGUCAAGAUAGGAGACUUCGGGCUGGCAACUCGUCCCGAUGGUCAGCGUAGACGAGUGACAAUAUGCGGCACGCCAAAUUAUAUUGCACCCGAGGUUCUUUACAAGCAAGCUUAUAGUUACGAGGCUGACGUGUGGGCUUUGGGCUGCAUUCUUUAUGCCCUCCUGGUCGGGCAACCGCCUUUCGAGACAGCAACUCUCAAAGAAACCUACGCCAGGAUAUGCAGCAAUCAAUACAAAGAGGUGGAUGACAGCAUUGCUACACGGAGUGGCCAGGAUCUUGUUCGAUGGCUUUUACAGCCGACGCCAGAGCUGAGGCCGUCGCUUGAACGCGUCAAGGAGCAUGCCUACCUCACGAAGGAAUACGUUCCUGCAAGCCUACCGCACACGUGCUGCUACCAAAUGCCACCAGCACAUAUUAUCGAGCCAUCGGCGGUACCACAGACGACCCUCGUCGAGGCACAGCUCACUCAAUCCGUAUCGGCCAUGACAAUACCGAAGAGCUCUGGCCGAAAGGAAGGGAAAGUCAAUUGGUUAGUGAAAAGACUUCCAAAGUUGCCAAGACUCAAGCAGCGACUGAGCAGUGUUUUCUGCCCACCCGAGCACAAGAAGUCUGCUGCACUUAUGCAGAGCAUUCACAUGCACCGUGCCCUGGAUACUUGUAUUAUGGAAAUUAAGUGCACCUGCGCAGCACAGAAUCCUCCAACGGUAGACGACGUUACUCCGCUCUUUGUCACCAAGUGGAUCGACUAUUCGAAUAAAUAUGGCCUUGGCUUUCAACUCUCUGACAGAUCAGUCGGUGUUCUCUUCAACGAUAGUACCAAGAUGAGUUACACUCAUGAUAGAAGGCGAGUGGAAUACAUGACGACUGACGAUGAGAUAACCAGGUACGACCGGGAGAGAGACGUCCCAGUGCCAUUGCAAAUGAAACUCGCCUUGCUGCAUUUCUUCACGCAGUAUAUGGACGAUCACUUGACUGAAGGCAAGAUCAGGGAACGUCGUGGUAGUGCCAGACAAGCCAGGGCAUGCGUACCCAGAAUGCGAAGAUGGCGACGAACCGACAAAGCUAUCGUCAUGGAACUGACCAUUCCUCUUCUUCAAGUAAACUUCUUCCUAGACCAUACGAAGAUGGUGGUAUCCCAGGAGACAUCCGGAAGAGGAUAUCUUAUAACGUAUAUCGAUGCUGGCAGGCAUACGUCUUCCUAUUGGUUAAAUGAUCUCCGUGAUUUUGGCUGCACGGCUGAUCUUCACGAGCGACUCCAUUACGUCUGCAAAGUGUCGCGCGAGUUUGCCGAGCUCGAUCACGACAUGAUCGCCUGAUUCUCCCCAGGAGUUUCACGUGGUAUCAGCUCGGGAAAUCAUUUGUUGAGUCUAAUUAGUUUAACUAGCUGAUAAAGGAUGAUCAUCGUUCUUCAUUCGUCUUUCUAUCACACUCUCAUCGUUUUCCGAGGCAUUUUUAAUGUUAACGAAUUACCAUGUUGUUCUAUUUGCGAGACAGAUAUCUAUUUUUGAAUAUAAAUUGUCAUCCGAUGUAACCCGCUAUUCGGAUGGCGUCCUAACAAGGAGUUAAUAAUGUCGCUAGUGUUUCACAUAUAGUUCUGUACGUUGGACAAAGGUACAUCGAAGAAAUAUAGGUCUGGAACAGUUUCAUACUUUUUGUACAGUACGUUUCGGUACAACGUACUAUUUAUAGUACACGUACGUAGAGAUUAAUGCGUACUGCACAUUUAUUGAUAUACGAUCGAAGAAUGCCGAUACUUUAAAUCAAAGAUGUAUCGCCUAUCCACGAGUGCGCACGCACUCUGUCUCUAUUUCUCUAGAUUACUAACAAAGGUAGAUUUGUUGAGAUGUGAUAAACGCUAUGAGAAAUUCAGAGUUCAAAACGGAGCAAUACGUGAGAGUUUAGGUGUUAAUGUCAAUAAGUAAAUAAUAUAGUUUCGAUAGAUGCGAUUGUGCGAGCCGUCACUGCCAUCGUCAUUGCUACGGCAGACGCCAUUGCUGCCGUUGCUUCCUGGCUGUUACGUUGUUUAAUAUGAUAAUUAUUAUAUUUGUUAAUAUUGAUUCGAGAAUUAUUAUCAUUAUUAUUACUAUUAUUAUUAUUAUCAUUAUUAAUAUUAUUAUAAUACCUACUGUUGUUCUCUAAGUUUUGACAAGCGCAGUACAGUAGUUACGCUCGUAUAGAUAUGUCAAUUCUGUACGGCGUUCAUUUUGCGUUUAAGAACUGAACGGCCAUAUUGUCGUCGCUUUAUAGAUUUCGUCGUCUUUCACAUCAAUAUAUAUUAUAAAUAUUUAUCCGGCAAUUGCAAUGCACCUGGUGCACGGGACGAGUUCAUUACAUAUUACGUGAUUGCGCCUUAGAUUCACUUCACGUUUCUCAUUACGUUCCCGUGGUACUUAAUCUCAUAGCUAUAUAAUUGUAUCGCCACGAUCUACUAUUUCUAUUAUUGUUAAUCUUAUCGUUAUCCAUGAUACUUUUACGUAUUAUUAUUUGCGGUGCGUGCUACGCUUCGGUACACGCUAUUGCGCGAAACACCAGCCCAACGAUUGUCACGAAGCAGGAUAGUGCGUUUAUUUUUUAUUGCCGACUUUUUUUUUCUAUCCAAGGAUACAUUUAACAUAUAUGUUUGAAACAAUGAAGCAGCAAUGAACGCUAAGGAUCUCA